AUGGCUGUACUAACGGAAUGUGGAUGGUUACUGCCCAUGUCGACUAUAAUAGCUCCUCUGAUUAUUCUACGAUUUCUGCGUGGCGGAUUCUCGCAUCCACAGCUGAUUUAUGUACCAUUAGCCUUGGCAUUUACUGUAACUCGAUUCGACUGGAAAACUGGUUCACCAUUUGGGCUACCUGAUCAGAUGUCCCCAGCAACAUUGUUUCCUCUGAUUCUUUAUAUUCUCAUGGUUUUCUAUCCAAAGUGGCUUGAACUGUAUCUUAAAAUGAGUUUUGUGAUGGCAUAUGUUGCUCCAUGGCAGAUAAGUUGGGGAUCAGCAUUCCAUGCUUUUGCUCAGCCGUUUUCUAUACCCCAUUCUGCGUUGAUAUGGACCCAGACCGUAAUAUCGAGCCUUAUAAGUGCCCCGCUCAAUCCUUUCUUAGGUUCCUCCUUCUUUACGACCUCGUAUGUUCGACCUGUGAAAUUCUGGGAGCGAGAUUACAAUACGAAGCGAAGUGACGCAUCUAAUACCACUCUUGGUAUGGUUUUGUUGUCCUAG